AUGUCUAUUUUUUACAGUUACGUUGUACGUGAUGUGUUGGAGGUGGAACCGGUGUAUUUCCAGGGGCGAGUGACCGUUUCUUCCACCUCUUCCUUCGCUGCUGCUGCUGCUGCCGCAAAAGUAGCGGAAGAAGAUGUGGAAGAGCAACUCGACAAGCAACAUUAUCAGGUUACAUUUGAGGAUAUUCUCAUGCAUCGGCUUACAGAGCGGUAUGUGGGGAAGAUUGUGCCUGGCUGCGGGCUGUGUGUAGCCAUCCAUGAUAUCCUGCAGUACACACAGGGUAUCGUGCGUGGACCCUCCGCUUCGGCGUGGCUUACGGCUCAAUUCCGACUUUGUAUUUUUGCCCCGACGCCAGGGGCACGUUUACGCGCGACAAUUAGUGCGCAGACCCGUGAAGGUAUUUUUCUUACGUUGGAAUUUUUUCAAUUUGUAUUCUUCGUCCCUGGUGACCUCCUUGUCGCGCCUUCUUCCUAUCACGAGGAGAAGAAGUGCUGGGUGUUGCACGUGGAGGAGGAGGAGGAGGACGACGUGGAGGAGGGGGAAGAGAAGGGGGCGCUGGAGUCGGCGUUAAACCCGUAUGAAAACGGGGAUGAGGUGAUUGUGAAGGUUGAGCACGUCAUUGUACGUGAGUUGGUUGAUUUCCACAGCAAUGUUGGGACGAAUAGUCAAAACAUCAACAACAUCAUCAUCAACAGCGGUGUUUCUGCUGAUGGGAAGGAAGGGUCACCGACGUCGCAGUCCCCAAUGGAGGUGCGAGGCAGUUUUGUGGGAACAGGCCUUGGCCCGGUGCUUUGGUUUGAGAAGUAA